AUGCUUGCCGAUGAAGAGGUCGCGCCUGUCAAUCAUGACGCGGUGAACGAAGGACGACCCUUCCAAGCCACGACGUUCACGGUUCCACGUGAGGGUCGAACAUUCAAUUUCUACGAGCUCCCUGGCUUUGACGAACAAGGCAGUGGCCUCACCCCCGAAGAUAUCGUCGAUGCGUAUCGACUCGUCAGGAACAUUCAGGAUGGGGUCCAUCUCCUCCUCUUCUGCAUACGCAGGAGGAUCACGAGUGGUCUAUCGAGAAACUGGACCCUAUACCACGAUAUAUUCUGUCAAAAAGCUGUCUCGACAGUGGCGGUCAUCAACGGGUUUGAGAGCGGCGAAGAUCUCAACCAAUGGUGGAGCGUGAACGAGCGUGCCUUUAAAAAGGCAGGAUGCACCUUCAGCGACCAAAUUCUGGGGACGACAAUGCGAGCGGGAACUCUUGAUUCCGUAUACGUGUCGACGAGGGAGAAGGUGCACGAAAUAGUCCCCGCCCUCUGUAUGCGAUCAGAACCAUGGAUCGUCAAGGACAGGGUCAAGUGGCUCAAUGCCGUUGCUUAUAGGACCGUCAAGUUGAGAUUCUUGUGGUGGACGAUUGGAAAGCGAAGGGUCGCGGUCGAGGAGGUUUAUGGGGAUUUAGAAAGGUUGAGGACAGAAUGUGGCAUGAGCAAGACUCAGGUCAAGGAAAUCGAGAGGUUGUUGCAGAAACAUGGUAUCCUUACUUAG